AUGGCUCUCAAUGAGUCUAAUUUUCGCACUAAAAAUUCGCUUCCCGACAUGGAACUUAUAGCCGAAGAACAAGCCAUUGCGAUUGGAAGGUUAGAGAGCAAAUUGAAGAAAAUUGAGGAACAAAACGAGGUUUUACGUGAGAAACUGAGAUUAUGUGAAGAGGAUUGUUCAUUAAAGGAGGCUGAGUAUAUAAAGAAAUUCAUUGCCAGUGACAUUCGACUAGCUCAAGCGGAAUUCCUUUUGCCAUUUAAACGCCCUCAUUUAUCCUCACAACUCGGCACUGAUUCUGGAAAAGUUGCUCUUUCCGAUAAUGAGUCGUCUGAAAUUGUUCAUCCUGCGCUUGAUUUCAUAUAUCACAAAGCUCAAGAGUUGAUCAAGAGUGUAAAAUCCGAACAGCAGCAAAGUUAUGAUGAUCUCCUGGCUUGGAAAUUUACUCCUGAUAGCGCUUCUGGCCGACGUCUGAUGACCUGUUUCCGGCAGCUUUUGGAAAGGAAUGAAGGUCUCGGAGCCAUAAACGAAAAUGAUUCCCUUUCAAAGUUGGAAUCCGAAACAAAAGUACAGGACUCCUGUAUUCGAGAAUGCCUUAAAACCGCUCAAGACUUCAAUGCUGCUCUUUUGGAGUCCACUGUUGACUUGGACGGUGUUCAAAACAGUCUCUUUGUUUUGAAGAACAAACUUAACAAGGCUGAAAACUUGAUUGCAGCAUUGAAAGCAAGUUUCUUUUUUCACACUUAUUUUACUCAAUGCAACUUCAUUUUCAUCUUUGAUAAUUUUACCGGAUACGCCGAAUACGAGAAGGUGAAUCCUAACCAAUCAGAUGCUCUCAUUGCAGCUGCCCUAGCAACCCUCAGCCAACAGGCGAUGAAUCCCCAUGAUGAUGAUGAUGAGGAGGAGGAGGAUCAAGGAGAUGAAGUUGCUGAAUAG